AAACCCUUUCCACUUUCUUUAUUUUUCCAACUUUUUUAGGGCAAUAUUCAGAGAUAUUAGCGUGUAAAUUGCAAUUGUUAAUUCCUGAGGGCUAAUUCAAUCUACUUAACAUUCCAGCAAAAUCAAAAAGCAAUAAAGAAAAGAAAAGAAAAGAAAAUGAAAAUAGUUCCCGCGCAAGAAAAGGGGGAAAAACAAGUUAUUGGCGCGAAUAGACAAACAUCAACUUAUAGUAAUAAUUCGAGAUCCAAGCGGAUCAUCUGAAGAAAGAAAUCAAUGGAGAAAUACUUAGUACCUGCAGCUCCGCCUUCUCAAACUGCUAAGAAAUCCAUCACCAAAAGACCUAGAUGGAAGAGAAGUCUGGUGGAGUUGAUGGGAAAAUUUGAUUCAAAGUAUCGUCACAAUAUUUUUAGCUUAGCCAUGCAAUCCUAUUCUCAGAUUGGAGCGUUUCCUCAUGAGUAUCAUAUUGAUGGUUCGCCAUGCCAAACUCAUGUGGAGUGGUUUGCUGGUGGUUCCAAUAAUCCGAGAUCGGUGACGAUGCAGGGUGUAUCAGCAGUGGAAUUUGAUAGCAAGGGGAUUUACCUGGCCUCAGUCACAAAGUCAGGUUGUUUAACUGUUCAUGAUUUUGAGGAGCUCUAUUGCCAGGUAAGCCUGAAGAAUUUUAUAGUAAAAGAAGAUGAGACAAAGCAAGUUCUGCACAUUUCUGCACAUCAGCCGCUGGAUGUUGUUAGAUGGAACCUUGCAAAUGAAGAUGAGGUUGCCUUGACAUCUAGAAAAAGUGGAGAACUUCAUAUCUAUGAUAUUGGAUAUAUCUCCUCUGAACCUGUUGAAGUAUUGAAAAAGAGGCCUACAAUUGGUGUUCAUGGUUGUGUUGUGCAGAAGGGUUUAUCUGAUGUAGCUUUUUCUUCAAAUGAUAAGUCAAGGGUACUUGCUUCUGAUAUGCUUGGCAUGGUUAAUAUUUGGGAUAGAAGAAUGAGUAAUCUUCCGUGUCUUGAUCUGACAACGAAUUCUACCAGUGCAAUUAACAGUAUCAAGUUUAACAUUGAUAAUCAGGUUAUUUUUGGGGCUAGCAAACAUGGCGUUAUCUAUAUGUGGGAUCUACGUGGAGGAAGCUCAUCAGCUGCUUUCCAAAAUAACAAAAUGCAGGCAUAUUAUUCUCCUAUAACAUCUGUGAAGCUAGCCUCUGAAUUUGAGAAAAUUGGAUCUUUGAAGGCUCAAUCAAAUAUUGUUCCGAAGGAGAUACUUUCAGUUGACCUCAAUCCAUCUUGCCCAUAUCAAUUAGCAUUUCAUCUUGAUGAUGGCUGGUCAGGUGUUUUUGAUGUCCAUAAUUUGCAAGUGACACAUAUUCAUUGCCCUCCCCCAGCCUGGUUGGAUGACUUCAAUGACUUGGCCAAUUUGUCAUACAUUAGAAAGCCAUCCUGGUUACCUUUGUCCUCGAUAUAUGCAGUGGGAUCAUCUUCCAGAACAGGACUUCAUCUUUUAGAUUUCUAUCCACGCUGCACAUCCCCCUGUCAUGUGGACAACGAGGAUUCUCAGGACAUGGUCGCAAAUGGUCAGCAUAAGCAAAAUACAUUUAUUCCACUCUCCGAAGCUGUCACAGCAUGUACUGCUCAUCCGGUUCAUGGUGCCAUUGUGGCUGGAACAAAGAAAUCAUCUUUACUGCUGCUUUCCCAAGGAUUCAUGCAACGCCAAGAGGGAGAUGACUCUCCAAUCUAAUUCUUGGGAUCCAACAAUGGAAGCCUAUCAUUUACGAGCCUGCUGAAACAUCUAACUUAAGACGCUAGAGAUUAUUGCCUUUGUUGUUGCUGUGGUAUGCAUUAAAGGGUUAAAUAAAAUAGACCAUUUACAUUGCGCUCUUUGAAAGACAGUGGAGAAACAGCAACAGCAAGGCAAUCAGCAUUUUCAGCUCUUUUUAACUUGCACAGAGCGUGAGGGUAAUACCACUGAGGCUGAUAUCAUACAGCACACCGAGUGCAGGUUUAAAAAGUUCUAUGGCUUAUGUUUAAGUAUAUAGGUUGCAAAGGUAUUGUUUGUCUUUAACAUUUGAUCAUAUUUGUAUGUAAAAUAGAAAAUGGUAGCUUUUUGUGGCUGCAGUUUGCUUCACUGAUUGCCAAUCCUUUUUGGUAAUUAGACUCAUUACAUCAUUUUUAACUUAUUAAAUAUAGUGGUAAUGUGCAUGCCUUAAAUUUAUGGUUCUUAGAUACAGAUCAGAAGAAGAGUGUUUGGAAUCUUUUGGCGGUGGAAAGGUUGCAAUUGCUGCUUCUCGGUGCAGCAGAUUUUGUUUGUUAUUUGUGCUUUUUGAACCAUCAUUUUACAUUUGUGGCUCUCUAGUGCUUGUGAUAAGGUAAUUUUUUUCCUUUUUUGUUUGUUUCAUCCCUUCUGACUGAGGUUGAUGGAGGGAAUCCAAGAGGAAGAGGGAAGCAGUUUGCUUUUCUGCAGCUUGAGUCUUGCUUUCUUAUGCAACUUAGGUAAGAGCAUCAACCAAGAUGGCAAUAAGGAGACCUCUUUCUCAUGACCACCUAAUAACUAGCUACUUCCUUCACUGAUACAUGCCUGAGCCACUCCAUCACGUUCCACCAGUUGAGGCAGUGGACCAAUUUUCUCCGUCGGUCUUGGAACGGUAAAAAUUGGUAUGGACACUCUCGAUUGUUUGUUUGUGGUACGAACUCUAUGCUCAGCACUUUUGUACCUUCCAUUGCUUAGGAUCUGGGGAACAAAAUAAAACGCCUAAUAAGUGCUUGUAUGAUUGCAUAUGAUCAUAUCAAUAUUUUUGUUCGAUGUACAAGAGGCAGGAAGCAUUCGAUCUUGCACAAUUUGGGGAGGAGGAGGUCUGAUGUGGUAAUCAACUUCUAAGGGUGUGCAGUGAAAUUUUGAUAAAUUUACCGACGUACAUUUGAAUUUACCUAGUGUCAUUGCUCCUGUUCAGCUUAAAAUUGGUGCAUGCACUCAAUUAUUUCCAAAUCAAAUUUGGUACCUUUAUAUUGGCUCGAAGAUAGGAAGAACACUUGAUAGUUGAAUA